AACAACUCAGACAAAUUCAUCUACAGCCCGACUUUCAACCAUUUCAGUGUUCCGAACCCUUGCUCCAGCGAUCCUUGCAUGAACGGUUCAACUUGUGUGGCCAAGUACAUCGAUGAUGAUUAUCAGUGCGCAUGCUCUCCAGGAUUUAAAGGAAAACACUGUCAAAUAAAAAUAGCUCCGGGGAAAGACUGCAAAGACAUUAAGAUGCGAGGUGAUUCAGGGGGAAAUGGUAUGUAUCAAUUGGACCCGGAUGGAGGAAGCCUUUCAAAUGCAUUCUGGGCCUACUGUGAUAUGACGUCAUACAAUGGAGGCUGGACCAUGUGUUACACUACCGACGAAUAUGUCAAACCCAGGACCGAGGUCACUUACAAUGCCUCUUUUCCUUAUGGAACUGUCGGCUACAGGACCAACUGCAACAACAUCUCUGUAAGCUGA